AUGAGCAACUACAGCGUGUCUCUGGUCGGCCCGGCUCCGUGGGGUUUCAGACUUCAGGGGGGCAAGGAUUUCAACAUGCCUCUGUCUAUCUCUCGGCUUAAUGACGGUGGCAAGGCAGCCCAAGCACACGUGGGGAUAGGUGAUGUGGUCCUCACCAUUGAUGGGAUAAGCACGGACGGGAUGACUCACCUAGAAGCACAAAACAAGAUCAAGGCGUGUACAGGCAAUUUGAACAUGACUCUGCAAAGGGCUGGGGCAGCCCCUUGAACACGACCAAAAGCUGUGCAAAAACCCACCACGCACAGUGCCGCCCCGAGCCCCUCCGCCGGCAACGGCGCCCAGGAUGUGGCCGAGGGGCCGCGACGAGGAUUCAGAGAGAACCAGGGGGAGAGUAAACAGCAAAAUGGGAAAAACCCACCCAAACGCCCCCCGCGGAAGCACAUUGUGGAUACCUACACAGAGUUUUACCACACGCCCACCCACAGCGAUGCCAGCAAGAAGCGGCUGAUUGAAGACACCGAAGACUGGCACCCCCGGACAGGCACCACCCAGUCCCGCUCUUUCCGCAUCCUUGCCCAAAUCACCGGCACUGAUCAUAUGAAAGAACCAGAACAUGAAGCUGCAAAGAAGACUAAGGAAAAGGUUCCCCUCCACGUCUUUAGCCCCAAAUAUACAAAAUUACGUGACUGGCACCAUGAAGUCUCAGCACGUGUUCUUAAUGUCCAGUGA